AUGCCAGAACAGCCAACAGAUUAUCGUGUAGCUGUAUAUGGUUCAGGAGGAGUCGGUAAAACAUCACUUGUACUUCGAUUUGUACGUGGAACAUUCCGUGAGACAUAUAUUCCAACCAUAGAAGAUACAUAUAGACAGGUAAUCAGCUGUAAUCGGCAAGUAUGCACAUUACAAAUUACUGAUACUACUGGUAGUCAUCAAUUUCCAGCUAUGCAACGAUUGAGUAUUAAUAAAGCACAUGCAUUUAUCCUUGUAUAUUCCAUAACUAACAAAGCUUCAUUUGAUGAAUUACAACCAUUGUAUACUGAAUUAGCAUUAAUUAAAAUGGAUGAAUUACCAAAAAUACCGAUUAUGCUUGUUGGUAAUAAAAUCGAUGAAAAUGAUAAUCGAGAAGUUAGUCCAGCACAUGGUAAAGCAUUAGCACAAAAAUGGAAAUGUGGUUUUAUGGAAACAUCAGCUAAAUCAAAUUUAAAUGUGAAAGAAGUUUUUCAAGAAUUAUUAAAAAUGGAAACACGACGUAAUAUGACAUUAGUAGGUGAAAUAAAAUCACAUUCACGUUUUGUAUCAUUUUUUAAACGUCGUUCAAAUGAUACACAUACUAAUAAUACAAUUGGUGUUGUAAACACUGGUAUUAAUAAUACUAAUGGUACAAAUUUUAAUAAUUCUACAUCAAUUGUUGAUGCAUUAGAUAUGCCUAGACAAAUAAAUACAAUACAAGAACAAUCUAUUGCUAGUACAUCAAAAGAGACUAAAACUUCAUCAAAAUUAAAACGAUUUUUAAGCAUUAAAACAUAUUCUGAAUCAAUGGGAACAAUGAAAAAAGAUAAGAAUGAUGAUAUUGCAUAA